AUGUCAAAACGCAAAGGUAUGAGCCUAGAAGAAAAGAGACAGAAAGUGCUGAGUGUUUUUCACGAACGAAAAGAGGUGUUUCCAUUGAAGGACGUCGAAAGUAUUUCAUCGAAGGAAAAAGGGGUCGUGUUGCAGACGGUUAAAGAUGUCCUCAAGGGUCUCGUUGAUGACGGUCUUGUCGAUAGCGACAAAAUCGGCACCUCAAUAUAUUUCUGGGCUUUUCCCUCGAAGGCUUUAAUGCGGUUAAAAGUUCGAUUAACGAACCUUCGGAAGCUGGUUGAUGAGGCUGAAACAACACGAGUCAACGCACAAAGAGCUCUUGCCGAAGAACAGAAAAAACUGGAUCUUUCGGGCAGCGCAACUCCGGAUAUGCUAUUAAACCUAUCCAAAUACGCGGAACAACAGCGUCUUCUUACCCAAAAGCUACGAAAUAUUGAGCAAAAUGACCCAAUUACUAUCCAGCGUCUUCAGGAGGACCUUGCAGAAAUUAAAGCAGCUACGAAUCGUUGGACAGAUAACAUCUUUACGUUGCGCUCAUGGAUACGACAUCGUUCAGGAAUGACAGACGCCGAUAUCGAAAGGGCGUUUGAGAUACCCGUCGAACUCGACUACGUUGAGUAGAGUCACAGACAGAAAUCCUAGUUAUUGACGACGGCGGUCGUUUGUCAUCCAAUAUUGCCGCAUCGUUUCAGCCUUUGUAGUAUUGUACACACCUUAUCAUGUCACAAAUCAUUUGAAGCCGUAACCUGGCUAUAGUCUUUUAUACGUUGUCGUACUAUUUAAAACGUUAUAUCAAAAGACUAGGGACCAUAUUUCUUCAUGUUUGUGGUGCAUAAGUGCUAAUACACAGUUUUAUCCUACGAUGUUAAAAGACUGUAUUGUGGUGCUUUGUACGAACAAUGACCUAAUAGAGUAAUAUCUGAGUGCCGUACGUGGAUAGAGACUUAUUCUGAGGCUCGUUUUGUCACUGUCGAUUCAUUGACUGAAUGUCCGGUAAUGGCGUAAUUCAAUAUUAUGCCUGGACUGGACAUUACUGACACGCUGAAAUGUUUCCCCCAACAGUCACCUUGGCUCACCGUUAUUAUGGCUGAAACCCAUCUUUCAAGAUGGCCUCGAAAUAUCAAGUCUUAAUGGACGCUUGUGACGAAGCCUUGUAAUGAUCCAAAAAAUAUGCUCGCUGCAGACUACUCGUGUUCGACAAUUUGCCGUAUUACUAAGAAAGAACUAAAAAUGAAAUUAUAAAGAUACCCGAAUUGAAUAAUCCAACAUAAUUUGCUAUUAUUGAAAAUUUUAUGUCAAAGUUAGGUUUGUUGUUGUACCAAUAGGAAAAGAACUAGGAUGGGUAAAAAUGUAUAGUAUUUCAUUCACACUUAUCGCUCUGUAAUAACUGUG